AUGGCGCGACUCGCUACCUGUGCGUGCCGAGCCCGUCUCACAGCCAGAGAAAGUAACACGGCGCGGGAAGGUGUGUUUCGCUGUUACAACGAUCUCCUCGUUUCAAGCCCAUCUGAACCUGACCGCCACUCUUCCUUCAUCGACCGCACGGGCCCUCAUUGUAGACCACCAACACCACCAUUCGCGUCAUCGUUUACUUCGCUCGACUCUGCCAAAAUGGACUUUGACGAUCUUGGCAGCAAGCUCGCCAACCUGACCAUGUACGACGUCAAGUCGCUCUAUCGUCAGGCCAAGAACUACGCGCUCAACGUCAGCGACAUCGAAGCCAAGGUCGACGAGGCUACCAACGAUGAUCCUUGGGGCGCCAGUUCAACUCUUAUGCAGGAGAUUGCCCAGGCAACCAACAACUUUCAGGACUUCAACGAGAUCAUGCCUACCAUCUACCGUCGCUUCAUGGAGAAAGAGGCGCGCGAGUGGCGCCAGAUCUACAAGGCCCUUCAGUUGCUCGAGUAUCUCGUCAAGCACGGAUCUGAGCGCGUCGUCGACGACGCCCGCUCACACCUCGCCACCAUCAAGAUUCUCCGCAACUUCCAUUACAUCGACGAGAAGGGCAAGGAUCAGGGCAUCAAUGUACGUAACCGCGCCAAGGAACUCGCUGAAAUGCUGUCCGACGUAGAUCGCAUCCGCCAGGAAAGGAGGAAGGCUCGAAGCAACAAGUCCAAGUACACUGGUGGAGGCAACGGCGAGUUCGUUCCUGGCAGCGGCACUGGUCGGUAUGGAGGAUUUGGCAGCGACAGCUACUACGCCGGCGGCGGAGCUGCUGGCAUUGGUAGCUCGAGUGGCGGCGGAAGCGGUGGAGGCGCAGCUGCGCGUGAUAGCUUUGAGGAGUACGAUGCUGGCGACUACGAAGAUACUGCUUCCAAUCGACCAAGGCAGAGCUCGAGCACGACACGCGCCGCCGCCCCUCGCCCUGCAGCACCGCCAAAGAAGGAAGCUGCCAAGGUGGCGGACCUCUUCAGCUUUGAUGACGACGACGAACCCGCUGCUGCACCUGCACCUGCACAUGCUGCGGCCGCCAAACCGGCACCUUCGGCCACGCCUGCCAACGAUGCGUUUGGUGACGAUUUCGAUGACUUCCAAGGCGCGCCUGCCGCUCCGGCUAAGCCAGUCGCCCCUUCAGUACAGCCGCAAGCAGCGUCCUUUGACUUUUUCGACUCCGCACCGGCUGCCGCACCUUCAGCACCCAAGUCGGCAGCUUCGAGCAACGUCAUGUCUCCAUCCUCGAAACCAUCCACGCCUGCCGCAACCGCUUCGAGCACCACCGCUGCCACCCGACCUGCAGCCUCGACCAACUCGUCCUUCAACUUUGACGAUCUCUGGGCCGCCUCGUCGGGUAAAAGCAGCGCCGCGGGCAAGCAGAAGAUGUCGAUGGCCGAGAUGGCCAAGAACCAGAGCUCGAGUGCUCUAUUCGCUUCACAGUCGUCGUCGGGUCAGUCUGGAGCGCAGCAGCAGAGCCAGAAGAAGGACAUCUUUGAUUUGCUGUAG